ACGCAUGCGCAGUACCGUCCUGUUUUGAGCUUCGUCGUUUUCAAAAUGCCGAAUCUUUAUUGAGCCGCAGAAUGUUGUCCUUCGAUGGAGUUUAAAUAAAGAGCCGGAUAAUUUGAAUUCAAAGGCACGAGAUGGAACUCCCAAACUACAGCCGGCAGCUCAUGCAGCAGUUGCAUGCCUUGCGAAAAGAGAAGCAGUUUUGCGACUGCUCUAUCCUGGUUGGAGAAACCCCUCACCCUGCUCAUAAACUAGUGCUCGCUGCCUCCAGUAUGUUAUUUAAGUCUGUUCUAGAGGGUUCUGACAGCAUCUCCAUCGACACAGAUUUGCUGUCUUCGCAAGAAUUUUCCUGCCUUCUGGACAUGGUGUAUACUGGUAAACUACCUCCUGGCAAGCACAACUUCACUCGCCUCAUAGCUGCUGCAGACAGCUUGCAGAUGUUCGAUGUGGCUGUUGGUUGCAAGAACAUUCUCAACGACCUCAUGAAGCAGACCUCGGAGACCGUGGACACUAGCUCGAUGGUAUCUCGUGAUAGUGUAAAGGGGGGCACUGAGAUUGCUGACUCGGGAAAGUCCAAAAGUUCCGAGCACGGUACGAUUGAGCUGAUCACUGAAAACCAAGCAGGAAUCCGAAAUAUCCUACAGAGGGUACAGCCAUGUGCCGAGGUUCUUGAGACGUGGGAGACGAUCUCUGCACAGGAGCGCCAGGUCAUUCUGAGCAGUUUCAGAGGAGAUCCAUCCCGAGAUGAGGUUUACCAGCGGUUGCUGAGUCUGAUCCAGGUUGAGAGAGUUCUGUCAGCUCAGACCGUCAUCGCAUUGGUGAACCAGCUAAAACACUUCAAUCCUGAUCCAGAAUCAGCAAUUGAGCACCAAAGAAAUGAGAACUUCCCCGAACCCAAAGAUCCUUCGACAUCUGCGCAACCGUCCGGUAAGCUUUUAGAUCACGUAUCAAAACUGACUCGCCAGCUUUCCAGUGUCAACAACCUGUCAGAGAUUUUGACCAAGGCAGCAAGCGGCUGUAAAAAUUAUGUAGAGAAAGCGGUGGUGCUGGAAUGCUGUAGUUCUCCAUUCUCAGGAGACGUGGUGGAGAGUUUGAUUUGUCAAUUCAAAGAGACGCACAUAAGUGAAGAAACACUUCUAAUGCUUCUCCAUGAAGUGAAGAAAAGCUCCACAGGUCGAGCGCAACUUUUGGAGAUCUUGAAACACACAAGAGGUAAACGAUCCGAGAAACGCGAGGGGAUGGAUUUGUUAAAAACAUAUCAGAAUAGACUCGCAGAACUCAGUCUGGAUCAUAAGCUCUUCGAAGAGUGUCUUAAAACUGGUCCAGACAUCUCUGCAAUCGAGAGAGAGCAUAUUCAGGUCCUGCUAGCAGAGAAGGCAGACGCUGAUGUGUUUGGAAGGUUGAUAUCUGCAGUGCUAAAGGAGGAAAGUUUACUCCAGCCUGUGACCGUGUGGAGGAUUCUCCUGUGGGCGGAGACACAGAAUCCACAGCUGGAGAUCUUCAUGCAGGAGAUCAAGGACAGAGCAGAUGCUCACAUACUCCUACAGACCAUUCAAGAUUUGGAUGUGAUUUUUAAGCACAAAUCACUGCUUCUGGAAACCAUCAGUGACAUGAAUUUACUGGAACGGGGUGUGGAGGUGAUGGAUGGUGGGACAGAGCAGCUUGCUGAGUUCGUGCAGAGCUGUCGGAGAGCUGACGGUGAGCUGGAGUCUAUAGAGCAAACCAUCCACAGAGUUUUGAGUGGCGAUUCACAGUACGCCAGUCCUCUGUGCCAGCUGCUGUAUGCCAACCAGCAACACUUUCCCCAUCCGACCGCCGUAACAAAAGCCCUCAAGCACACAGCUCAGCCGGUCUCAAACCCUCCUGAAAAACCUGAGGUGGAGCCAGAAGGAUCUACCGCUGAUUCUGAGGAUGAGGAAGGAGACGGCACCGUAACGAGAGGAAGGAAACAGGCCGUCCCUGUUUCCUACAGCUGUCCGUGGUGCAAUAAGACGUUUGACUUCAAGUGCCGUCUGAUAAAGCAUAAGAAGGUUUGCACGCUCUCGCCGGGGAAAGAGCAGCGCUGCUCUGAGUGUUCAAUGCCGUUCCCGACUCUCAAGAGCCUUCGCCAGCACUGCACGGAAGCCCACGGCGGCCCACCGGCCAAGAAGAAGAAAACAGAUCAAGUGUCGUGUGACAUGUGCGACAAGACCUUCAAACACUCUUCAGGUCUGCUUUAUCAUAAGCGCACCGAACAUUUCGAAGAGAGGCCGUACGCAUGCGAAGGAUGCGGGGCCAAGUUUGCCGCCACCUCGUCCCUCAAGAACCACAUGCGUCUGCACACGGGAGAGAAGCCGUUCCAUUGCAAGCACUGCGACAUGAGCUUCUCUGUGGCCGCUGCUCUGUCCUACCACACCAAAAAGAAACACGCCGAGGGUAAAAUGUACUGCUGUCAGUAUUGUUCGGCCUCGUUCGCACAGUCCAUCGAGCUGACGCGUCACGUCCGCACGCACACAGGAGACAAACCGUAUGUCUGCAGAGAAUGCGGGAAGGGCUUUAAGCAGGCCAAUGGGCUGUCUGUCCAUCUACAGAACUUUCACAACCUUACAGAGCCUCAUGACUGCCAGAAAUGUCGGGUGAGUUUCUCAUCGCUCGAUGAACUCCGGCAGCACAUCCAGGAGGUUCAUCCCAAAGAGCUGCACCAGUGUCCUGACUGCAGCAAGAUCUUCAACAGCGAAGCCAAUCUGGAGAAACACAUGACGGUUCACGACGGCAGCAAACCCUACAGCUGCCAGACGUGCAGUAAAUGCUAUCAGACACUCUCAGGACUGUGGUACCACAAUCGUACCGUCCACCCAGAGAGCAUCACAGCCCAGGGCAAUAAAACCAUUAAAACCCUUCUUCGGUGCGACAAGUGUGACAAGACCUUCAGCAACAGAAAUAGCCUGUUAAAACAUCAGAUAACCAAUCAUGCAGAAGUGCGCUUGUGGAAGUGUGUGAAUUGUGACGUCGCCUUGACGAAUGAGGCGGAGUUUCAGCAGCACGCCUGCAGCGGGCAGACCGGCCAGGGCGGCUCCGUGUUCAGCUGUGCGAUCUGCUCGCUUCACUUCCCCUCAGAGCCUGAGUUCCAGCAGCACUUCCUGUCUAAACACCUGCAGGACGAAACCCAGCCGCAGGCCUCCAGCUCUCAGACGGUCAUUCAAUGCGGGGAUACAGCCGGUCAAGGGGCGGAGCAAGUAAUAAGCCUGGACCAAUCGCAGAUCGAGGGCUCGUCACAAGUGUUUGUCGCUCUCUCUGAUCAACAGGAAACGGCCAGCGGUUCAGGAAUCGUUGCCGUGAGCGUGGAAGAUUUACUAAGUGGCAAAGUUACUCUCAUCUGUGAAGAGGGUCAAUAAACUGAACUCUUAGAUUAUCUUGGAGAUGGAGGGCUGGUCUAGAAUUGUCUAUGUGUGUGUGUGUGUGGGGGGGGUUCUGAAAAAGUUAGCAAUUAUGAGACCCAUUUUAUACCAAAAUACUGUGUGACAGGGUUGUUAUAAUGGUAUGAAAUGAGCGAAAACAAUGUGUUUGAUUUUUAAUGCGCACAGGCUUCAGUCUCUGGGUCAAAACAUGUUUUGGUGUCAUAGAAACAACAUUAUGGCUGUUUUGGGCUCAUGGGAACUAAACACUGAUGUCGGUGCUACGGACUUGUUAAUAAAACCUUGGUCGUUUUUCCUAUUGCAGUUAAUAAUCCUGAGACCAAGCUGCCAUUAUUCCAUCUCGCGUAUUUUAAACAAAC